UCUACAACAACACGUAUCUGUCAGCCUGUUGAAUGUGGUCUACUCUGGCGUUUGGAAUACUUUGAUUUCAGACAUCAGAAACAUUAGGAAGAUUUUUAUGGUACAACUAUUUGGCGAAACUCUGAAGAAAACGCCACGUGGUCCGCAAUGUUAAAAUUUAGCUUCAGGAGGGAUAGAGAGAAGGAUUUUAAACAUAUCAGCCAUGGUUUAAUCCCAGCUGCCUCCAUAGCCCCCAAACCUGCAGUGCCUCGUACCCCUCCCCCUCGCAGUCCAGCCCCCUCACCUGAGAGACCCAGGUCUGCAUUGGCAGCAGCUAUUCUGUCUUCUUCGCUCACUGGGCAGACAUGGGCACUGCCUCCUACACGUCCAAGGUCUUUCACUGAAAGUGAUCCAUCUGAUUCUGUGAAUUAUGAACCAAACGGGACAGAACAAUAUGAACGCGAAAGAUGGUCAGAAGAUGUGCCUAGUCCAGAGCACUCUGAAGGGGAGCUGGAUGAUCAAGAUGGUUUAAAGGAGAUGAAUGAAAUUGAGGAACACAUCUAUCAGACUUUGAACACUGGGAGGCAAUGUGAAAUCGUUGAACCUGUGUAUGCAUUUCCUAUCAAAAGCAAGGCAAGUGCACAACAACUGACUGAAACAUCUGGUGAAGCCCCUGCUUUCGAUUGUAAAGAAGAAACCAUUGUGCAGUCUCCUAAACAUAGUCAUAAAUCCUUUAAGAAGAGCUCUAGAAAGAACAACAAUGUGGGAUCUGCACAAGCAGGCCAAACUUAUGACGGUCUCUCCCGACUCAGUGAAGACCUUCUCUCUAGACAUUCUACGCAUGUUUCUUCGGUUGUUAAUAAGCCUCACAUGGAAGAACAAACAAAUGAAGAUGAGAAUGGUCAAAUGGAUCCUGAACUAAGGCCACCAAAAAGAUCCUUACCAGAAAUAAUUAAUCAUCAAAACUCUUUAAAUCCCAUGGACAGAAGAGAGGAUUUAGUCUGUAAGACUCCACUCUGCCAAGCUGAACUGCAGAAUUUAAGAAGGCACGCUCAGGAGCUGGUGGAUGAGAAUGAUACUCUCAAGAUGACAGUGCAUCGUCUCAAUGUGGAGCUAAGCCGCUAUCAAGUGCGCUUCAGGCCCCUUUCCAAAGAGGAGAGUUCCAAAAUCAGUGGACUAUCAAUGACAGAGUCACCACCACCCUGGCUGCUCGACGUGAAGUAUUUAUCUCCAUUAUUACUCGCUUAUGAGGACAGAAUGAAUGAAAAGGAUGCUCUUCUUAAAACCACAGAGGAGGAAAUGAAGAGAUUACGAGUCCAUGUCGAGGAGGUGAUCAAAGAAAAUGAGAAACUGCACAAUGACAUUGCAAAGAUAGGAGGAGUUACACAGACAGAUUGGCAACAGCUCCAAGAACAAGCUUUCCUCGUUUUGCAAGAGAACCAAGUACUGAUUGAGCAGCUAGAGGCUGAAAAUGUUAAAUCUCACGAAUCCCAGAGUAAACAUCAUUCUGAAGUAUCCAAGUUGGCCAAGCAAGUGAUGAUUUGCGAAGCAGAAAAACAACGUUUGGAGGAGGAACUGGAGGCCAGCAAGAGAGAGGCCCAGAAAAACAAGAGGAAUGCACAAGCUCUGCAGGACCGCCUGAAAGAUGCAGUCACAUGGAACGAACACUGCAACAUUGCCGGAAAACUGCGAAGGCAACUGGAGCAGCAGGAGAAUAGGAAUAAGAAUAACACGGAGGAACUCCUCCUUAAAAUGACCCGUCUGGAAGAGGACAACAGGAACCUGAAUUUGGACAAGGAAAACCUGUCUACUGCCAUCAAGAGCCUACAGAUGGAGUUGAAGAUAUCCAAACAAGCUUAUAGGAAGGCAGAGGGGAGGUUGAGUUUGCUGAAGCACGAGAAGGCUGAAUCUGUACUGAAAGAGGAAAAGACUCGACAUUACCUUGGAGCUGUCGUCUCGGUGGCAGAGCACAUUUCCCUGGAGAGAGACCAACUGUUGCACAUGGCAUCAGUUCUUGAGCAAGAAAAGCAAGGAUUUAUCUGCAGUCUGUUGAAUGGCACUGUUCGCCUCGGAAAGCUACAAGAACAGGUCAAGGUGUACCGCAGGCAAGCGUCGAGCAGGCUGGCCGUGCUGGAGAGGGCUGCCGAGGGGAGCGUGGCUUCUCACCGGAGGGAGAUCCUUCACCUGCAGAGGCUGCUGGGAGAAAGACAAGAGGCAGAGGAGAGGCUGCUGCAGUCCAAGCGGGAAACUGAAGAGGAACUGGAGGUGGUGUGGCAGGCAGCCACCAGAGAAAACCAGCAAAUAAAGGAACUCCUUGCCAGCUCAAGGCUCAGCCUUGGACAUAAAUGGACUUCUGUAGCAACAGAUGGAACUAUUACAUCCAGUAAACAUCAACUUACAUGAGCUUCACCAAGUUCUGUAUCUCCAUACAGAGAAGGCUUCAGACUUCACUGUGGCUAAAACAUCUAUGUUUCUACUUCUCACUUUUAGUAUUAUUUAUUAGUAUUAUGUAAUCUGUAAUCAUUAUGCUAGAUACCCAAGCAUAAAAUGCUGAAUUGCUCAUAUAGGUUUAUCACUUUCCAUGUUGGCACUAGUUAUUUUGUAUUUUAAGUGUCAUUUCCACUGGCAUGGUUUAAUUGGGGCCACCUUGGUGCGAGGCCACCUGCACUCGGGAAGCAUUUCCAUUACAGUGGGCCCAGACCACUUUGGGCAUAACACAGGUCUAGCAAGACACACCCAAUGGCAUGACAAUGGCUUACACCACGAGCCGCUAGUGUAUAUUGGUGAUUACACUUUUGUGCCACCCUCAGGCUGCAUCAGGCAUGUGCACAGCAAGACGUUUUAUCAUUUGUGUCUAACAUGCCGUUUCAUUUGCAGAUUCAACAAGAACAAU